CACAAUUUUAUUACAGCUUAUUGACAAAAAAAUCUUGAAGCGAAAUUUCAACAGAACGUGAUAUAUAAGUCCAGUCAUAAAAACGAUAUUGGAUUGAACAAGUUGUGGCAAGCCUUUUAGUGGAGGGUGUUUGAAUCUGCAAAUAUGCUGAACAAUUUUGUCCGUCGUUUCAGUACCUCCUCUCCAACCCUAAAACUUGUACAGCCUCCAAUUCAAGUAUUCGGUGUAGAAGGUCGUUAUGCCACAGCUUUGUAUUCUGCGGCUACAAAACAAAAAUCUUUGGACAAGACUGAAAAAGAUUUACAGCUAAUUAAAGAUACGCUAAGCAAAGAUGUGAAAUUACGUGAAUUCUGUGUUGAUCCAAGUCUACAACGAUCGAUUAAAGUCACUGAAAUCGGACGAAUUUUAGGUGUGUUAAAAGUGAAUGAAACAACCAAAAAUUUAUUUGUUACUCUAGCUGAAAAUGGUCGUUUGCCUAAAAUCAACUCUGUUAUUGAUAAAUUCAAUCAAAUUAUGACAGCACAUCGUGGUGAAGUUAGCUGUAUUGUACGUACUGCUAAACCAUUGGAUAAAACAUCUGAAAGUGAAUUACGUAAUGCUUUGAGUGGAUUUUUAAAACCAGGUGAAAAGUUGCUACUCACAUUAGAGCAUGAUCCAUCGCUGAUUGGUGGUAUGGUGGUGACAUUCGGUGAUCGUCUUAUCGAUUUAUCUAUUGCACGAAAAGUUCGUAUGCUACGUGAUAUUAUACAACAACCAAUUUAGACAAAACAAAAGAAGAAAACCUUUUUUUCUUAUUCCCUUUUGGAAUGUUGGAGUGCAUAUAUAGUUACCUUAUGUCAAAUCCUGUUGUAACUUGUAGUUUCAAUUAAAAUUAUUACUUGAGAUAAAUAAAUAAAGUUGUUUGUAUA